GAUUGUGGUCAUAGAUUACUUUUAUUUUUAUGUACCUAGAAAUUAUGGCUGUCGAUGUCGAGUUCGAGUCGAUAGACAAGUACUAUUUUUAAUGGUAAUAGGGUCUCAAACACCUUAUUGAAUUCGUGUAAAAUUUAAUUUUCUAAUGUAAGGUGAUCUCUUUAAAUUUUAAGAAGCAAGUAUGGCAUUAAGGGGCUGAGGAUUGCUUUUUAUUGGGGGCAGUUCUCGAAUUUGAGUGCUCCAGGCUUCGCCCGCCUUGACCCUUAACAUCUACACUUUGGUCAGCUAAGCGGCUUAACAAGAUGGCGCAGGUCGGAGCCAAUAUGGAGUACCAAGAAUACAAAUGGGCUUACUCAAUUAUGGAUUCUUCAAAGGUAUCAGCAUGUGUGAUAUCUAUGUUACUUAUCGUCUAUGGAAGCUUCCGCUCGUUGAAUAUGGAAAGAGAAGCUCGAGAAAGAGCCGAGAGAGAGAGGGAAGCGUCAUUGCUUGGAGGGAAGCCGGUACCCACUACUUCACCAAAUAAUAGUAAGUUUAUUUGCACUAAGUAUAUGUAUUCCACUUGUUAAUAGUGGCGUGUAGUGGCGGUCAAGAAUUACCACUACCCCAUAUCUUCCCGUGGGUGUCGUAAAAGGCGACAAAGGGAGGCAGGCAAAAGAUGGGCAGCAGGAUCUUCCUGAUAACAACAAACUUACAAUAAAAAAACUGCGGUUGCCAACCCGCUCGCCAAGCGUGGCAACUAUGGCAAAUACCCCCCUAUGACGAGAGUAACAAAGAAACGGCCCCCAGUCCCCGGCGGCCCCGCUAUUCCUGGCUACGGUGGCGACCAUGGUAACGGCGGGACAGGGGGUGCUAAGAAUCUCCGGUAGAGGUUCGGUUGCCACCUAAGACGAAUCGACCUGGCAACAUACAACGCACGCACCCUGAGGACUGACGAGAAGAUCGUGGAGCUGGAAGAAGAGAUAGAAAAGUUACGCUGGAAUAUUAUAGGAUUAUCCGAAGUCCGAAGAGAGGGGGAGGACACGGUAAUCCUCGAAUCCGGUAACUUGCUCUAUCACCGGGAGGGCGACCAUCUGUCCCAAGGAGGAGUCUGAUUUAUCGUCCACAAGUCUCUCGUUAACAACGUUGUAAAGAUUGAGAGUGUGUCGAUGAGGGUUGCGUACCUUAUACCCAGAAUCACCAAACGGUAUUCGCUGCAGCUCAUACAGGUUUACGCACCAACCUCGGCACACCCCGAUGAGGAGGUGGAGGAAAUGUAUGAGGAUAUCUCUAGAGCCAUGCAUCCUCCAAAACCCAAUAUACGGUGUUAAUGGGAGACUUCAAUGCAAAACUAGGCACAAGAGAGAACGGUGAGCUGAAAGUAGGGAAAUUUGGAAUAGGGCAACGGCACCCAAGAGGCCACCAGCAGUUGGCCGACUUCUUGGAGAAAGAGGGACUCUUUAUGAUGAACUCUUUCUUCCAGAAGCGGUCCCACAGGAAGUGGACCUGGUCGAGCCCCGACGGUUCCACAAAAAAUGAGAUUGACUUCAUUAUGACGACCAGACGACAACUGUUCAAUGAUGUCUCCGUGAUCGCGAGGGUGAAAACUGGUAGCGAUCACCGAAUGGUUAGAGGCACACUGAACCUAAACGUUAAGUUGGAGAGGUCUCGUCUAAUGAAGUCAACGCUCCGCUCCCCUCGUGCUCUGUUCCAAAGUCCCGAAACCUUUCAGCUCGAGCUACAAAACCGUUUUCAGUGCCUAGAAGGACUGCAAUGCAGUGGACGAUAUGAAUGACAAGCUCGUGGAAACUGUCCAUGCGGUCGGAGCUAAGUUCUGCAAGACUCGCCGCAGAAGAACACAAAAAAUCUCCGAUCACACUCUCAAUCUCAUGGCUGUUAGACGGGAGAUGAAGCUACAUUCUUCAACAGAUUUGACAGCAUACAGGCAACUGAACAGACAGAUCUCCAAAUGCAUGCGGCAUGUUUAAUGUCCAUGUCACACCUAUGCCGGUAGUUGUUGGGAGCACUAAGCUCGAAUUUAUUGACGAGUAUGUUUACCUGGGAUAAAUAGUCCGACUAGGUAAGUCCAACUUCGACCGAGAGUUCAAUCGACGGAUUCAACUCGGCUGGGCAGCGUUCGGGAAACUACGACACAUCUUUUCGUCAGGCAUACCUCAAAACCUUAAAACGAAAUUGUACAACCGCUGCAUGUUGCCAGUGAUAACUUACGGAUCUGAGACGUGGUCCUUCACUGCUGGCCGUAUGAGGAAGCUCAAGGUCGCUCAGCGAGCUAUGGCGAAGGCUAUGCUCGGGGUUUCUCUGCGUGAUAAACUUAGAAAUGAGUAUAUCCGCAGUAGAACCAGAGUAACCGACAUAGCCCAACGGAUUAGUAAGCUGAAGUGGCAAUGGGCCGGCCAUAUAGCUCGAAGAACCGACAACCGAUGGGGAAGAAAGGUUCUCGAGUGGCAGCCUCGUACCGGUAGACAAAAUGUAGGGCGACCCCCCACGAGAUGGAGUGACGACCUGGUAAGACAUGCAGGAAGUCGAUGGAUGCAGAUGGCUCAGGACCGUGCUUUGUGGCAUUCCUUGGGGGAGGCCUAUGUUCAGCAGUGGACUUAUGAGAGGCUGUAAUGAUGAUGAUGAGGACUUGUUAAUAAUUCUAGUUAUGACCACAAUAAUGUAUUUGAAGGCAAUCAGUCGGCACACAAUCAACUGUUAUACGUGAACGUCUUUAUCUAUAUUGAGAGUUUGCAGUAAACGCCACGUUUGGCAGGCGCAUUUGCAAUUCUUGUAUCCCAGACUGGCGAUUGAAAGACGCUGCUUCCAACCGCCAAUCCGGGGAUAAAGUGGUAGAUUCCAUCGGAGGCCAUAAACUCACAUUAUAAGGCAAUUGCAAUCUCAUUAAAACCUCUUUAAAACACUACUCGUAAAUUGAAUAUACUGCAUACGCAUGAUAAAUGGCUUGUGUCAUGUGGAAACCCUUCUACAACUCUAGUACUGUAACAUAUGGCGUCCUAUAUUUGAUAUUACACACUCGGUUAGAUUUAUUAUAAUUUGAUUAUACAUAUACAUAUAUUUUGAUAAUACUGUGUAUGUAUAGAUAACAUAGGCCUUCCCCAUAGAUUGCCUUUUAGGUGGGAUAUUUGCCAUAGUUGUCACAUUUUGCAGGCAGGUUCAGAAAUAUCACUACAGACUCCAUUCACUCC